GAAACACCGCACACUCGCCGACAUAUGUCAAGGUAAGUGUGGCAGGCUGCAUGCUCUCGCGACGCAUGUCAUCUCGUAUCAGUCUACCUUGUGAUGGUCAGUCCCGUAUCUUCGCUCGUAGUUCCAUAUACACCUCCUUGUCUAGUAUCUAUCGGAAGUGCGUCCGGGUGAAGGCUCCGCAACUCGCUCCUCGUGUACCUUCGACUGCUUUGCAUGGGGACUCUUGGGCGUGUCGCCGAAGCGGGCUUACAACUUUCAAUGGUUCUGAUCCCGACUACGUCGGAUGCCAGGCGUCCACAUUCAAUCGGCUGCUUUCCAUGCGGGCUUUCCGUCCUCCUGUCGCCGGGACCUUCGGGACGUCAAGUGGACAGACGGCGCCCAAGCUCAGGUCCCGCAUAGAUAGCUGCGGGUGAUGUGCCCACUGUCCUCCCCGGAUCUCCUCAUGCUCGUCUUCGCUGGCGGCCCCCAUGGUCCUAUCAGGUUCCCAGGAUGGAGGUACUCUCAUAAUCACGAACUCCCAAAACCUGAGUUAUAGCGAGGUUGCGUGUGUGGCACUUCUCACUUGGGAUGUCGUCAUUACUCUGUCCGACGAGGUGGAGCUGAUAUGGAAGCGUAGAUGGACGGCGGCAAAAGUUAUGUAUCUGAUCGCCCGAUACCUUCCGUGGCUUGUCCAACUCGCCUUGCUCGCAAUCAAUGUCAACGGGACCACUGGCUUGUCGUUCACGAGCGGCCAAUGUGCUGCCUGGCAAAUUGUCCAAGGCACCCUGCUCCAGGCGAUUGUCACCUCUGUCGACGUCAUCUUGAUCAUUCGAGUUUAUGCCCUGUACCAUAGGAAUCGCAUACUGCUGAUCGGACUCGGAAGCUUGUUCUCGGCCGAAGUCGCGUCCCUGUGCUACAUUCUUGUCAAGGUGACUCCUCGGCUGACAUACAACGAUGAAUGCUACGUAGUCUCCAGCCCCUCGAUCUUCCAAUAUUACUGGGUUGUCUCUCUAGCGUUCGAGACCCUCCUGUUCACCCUGACAAUCGGAAAGUUCUUGGAUGGCGUACGGCAGGGAUGGGGCAGAGCGGUCAUGGUGCAACAGUUCGUCGCGGACGGAACGUGGGCAUAUGCCCUGAUCUUCCUGACCAUGCUCGUCAACAUGAUGUUCUACAAAUACGUGCACUCCGAAUUGACGGGAAUAUGCUACACGUGGCUGCUUGUCGUUUUGUCUUUCGCCGGCUCCCGCCUGGUUCUGAACCCGCGUGUCCGUGCGGCCCCUCCGGACAUAGACCUACAAAGCGACAUCGAGCUCGCGAGCAUCUCGACUCAACGCCGGAGGUCGGUGUUCACCGGAGAGGUGAUCUCGUUGACUCUGGAGCAUGCCACGCGGUCGCCAGCAUCGGAGAAGACGGGCUAUGUGUCGUAUCGCGAAGACUCAGAAGUAGCUUCCACUAUCGUGUAAUAUAGAGACCAUUUCGUAUGCAACAUGUACAUGAACG